AUGUCUGUUCUCGGAUUCUCGGAACUUUACAUUGGUACAGAAGUUACCUUCACUACACUAUCGCCCCAGAAGUGGGUUAUCGAGGAGAAGCUCAUCGAGGAUGUUCAACAAAUGACACGAAAGCGAACUGAGUACCAACGCCCCGAGGUGAAGCUAACCAACCGGCCUAAGGGACUUGAGGCGAUAUGGAUGGGAGCCAGGCAUGCCUGGAUUAGAGAACAUAAUUUAUGGCGAGGCUACGCAGACGAUAAUAAGAUGACUAUCCUUAGGCACAUUGCAGGCUUCCGAGAAUCCGCCUCCCUUGACCCCGAAGUGAAAUUUACUGACAUGACCUUUGUGGGCUGGGGCUUAGCUAUAGCACCCAGGAAAGCUGGUUGGGAAAAGGACAGUACUAAGUGGACUUGGUGA